GUACAAGCACUCCAUCCUAUGGCGUGGAGAGGACCCGACAAAGACCCGCUUCAAACCGGCCUAUGACGGGACGAAGAGAGUCGAGAGGUACCGGCCUGGGCAAGUUCCUGUUUGGGUUGAAGAAGGCAAGAAGGCACCACGCAAAGCGCGUGAACCUGAAAAGCCUGAGGAGGAUCUACGGAAGGCCAAGAGGCGGCGGCAAGCAGCCGCUGUGGUUUUGGAGGCCUCGGAUAGUGCCAGCAGUCGCUUGGCGCGUUUGCAGCGGUCUGAAACUGCUGCAGAGGAAGAGCCAGGAACUGCGAGGCUGCGGCACCGAACAGAGGCGGUUGUCCUGGAGGAGGAGGAGAAGGCUGAGAGCAAGGAGAAGUCGGAACUCCUGAAAGAAGAGUUAGACAUUGACCUCAAGCCUGGGGUUGCUGAGUUGAACUACGACGAGAUCGCCGGGUCAGGAGACGAAGACGUCGAGAUCCAAGCGAUUCGUCGCGAAAAGGCUCGAGAACUUGCAUUGUCAAAGAGAAAGAUUGAGGAGGAUGUCCUGAAGGCCGAAUUGGAAGAAGAGCAGGAGGAGAUUGAUGAGGAGGAGAGUGAGUAUGAGUCAGAAUCUGAGGAAAACGACCAAAGGCGUGGCCCAUUGAUGAAGCCAGUCUUUGUGUCAAAGGCCAACCGAGAAACUGUUCGAGAAAAGGAGCAAAUUGAAAGGGAAGAGGAAGAAGCUCGUAGAAAGAAAGAGAUCCGACAGCUUGAGCGCAAGGCUGAGUCAAAGGUGCUGCUCAUCGACAGGAUCCAGGAAGAAGCUGAGGCAGAAAGGCUAGCGGAGGAGAUGGAUGACAGAAGUGACAUCGAAUUGUUAGAUGACGAUGAUGAGAAGAACGAGGCUGAAGAGUACGAACUUUGGAAGAUUCGCGAGCUGAAGCGGAUCAAGAGAGACAAGGAGGAGAAGCUCCAGAGGCAGAAGGAAAUUGAGUUCGUCCUCAGGCGGCGCGAAAUGACCGACGAGGAGCGUGCCAGAGAUGAUGCUAAGUUGGAUGCAGCCAAUCCGAAGCGAGCAGAUGUCAAGCAGUUCAACUUCUUGCAGAAGUACUACCACCGUGGUGGCUUCUUCCAGGACAAAGCAGUUUCAGGUGAGGAAGCGCUGUACCUGCGUGACUACCACGAGCCCCUCGAGGAAGAGAAGUACGACAAGCAACUACUGCCAAAGGCCAUGCAACUGAGACGUGGCGAAUUUGGCAAGAAGGGUCAGGUGAAGCACAGCCACUUGACGGAUGUCGAUACAACGGACAUGUCAGCUGCCUGGGCACAGAGCUCAAAGAUCGUGCAGCGGUACCAGGAGAAGAUGGCAGCUGCUAAGGGUGUCGCAAACUUCGAGCGACCAUCCUUGAAAAAGUAA